AUGGCAGACUCCAGUAGCGACGGAUCAUCCUUUAUAAAGAUAAAUGACGUAAGUGAACAUUCCUCGCAGGGUAAGUUAUCCCCAGGUACAUUCCUGAUUUCCACGUCCCCGUUUGAGAUUUUCCCUAAUUUCAAGGAAAAGGAGGAGGAAGGAAUUAGUGUUUCCUCGGCCCGAAAGUGUAUUCAUGAGAUGAGGAAGUCUAAUGAUUACAGCCUCAUCAACAACAAUAACAACAAUAGAAAUAUAAACAACAACAUAAACCAUAACAACAUAGAUAUAAACGGCAUAAACAACAGCAAAAACAUAGAUACAAACAACAUAAACAACAACACCAACAAAGAUAUAAACAACAUUAACAACAAAGAUAUAAACAACGUAAACAACAACACAAACAAAGAUAUAAACAACAACACCAACACAGAUAUAAACAGCAUAGACAGUAAAGACAACAUAGAUACAAAGAUUAUAGAGCAUAAACUACGUGAAAUUAACCAAAUAAUAAAAGAUAAUCCGCAGAUAUUCGAUAGACAGCAAAAGUACCUUGAUGUUACCUCAAGGCUUUUGAGUUGCUUCAAAACAGCUCUUGUUCAACAAGUAAUCAGCAGCAACAACAACAAUAAUAAUAAUAAUAACCCUUGUACUGAAGUAACGAGGGACAAGAGAAAUGAUGAUUUUUUCAAUAGGAAAACUCUUGAAGAGCUUAAAGUUACGAAACAAAGACUGUUACUCUUUAUCGCUGAAAAAGAUCGGGAGUUGAACUGCCUCAAAGAGCGUUACGCAAACCUGACCAAUUACGCAACUAAGAUGAAGUCGGUUUAUUUUCGUGACGUCACUAAGCUGAAAGAAGAACUUAACGAGAAUUAUAAUAAGAAAGUUGCCGAAUUAGAGAAAUGUAGGCGCGACCUCUUGAAGCAGUUGGAUCGAGAAAAAUGGAGAGGGCGAAAGUUGGAGGAAUUAAACUUUCUCCAAUCCGAACAAUUGAAAUCUUUCGAGUUUGAUUUGAAUAAUAAGAAUAAUAAUAAUGCCAGUUCUAAAAAUAGCACAAGAGAUUCCAAGCAGCAUGGAGGAAGUUCUCGCGCGUCCAUAGACAAGAGCACUGAAAUUGAAAUUCUCAAGCAACAGGUUACGACAUACAAGGAAGAUUUCGAUAGCGAACGUCGGGACAGAGAAAAAGCCCAAUCGAUGAUAUUAGAUCUGCAAAAACAGCAUGAAGAACUGACAAAGACAGUCCAAAGAUUACAAUCAGAGAAUGAGGCUUUGAGGAGAGCAGGAAACAGAGACAGAACUAGAUGGGAAAGAUCCUAUCACACUCCGAGUACCGUAACCGCAAUCCAGACGUACAGAAUUCCUCCAAGUUACGACGAAAUCGAUGGUUCGAAUGCAAGACGAGCCGGAUUUAAACUAACUACCAACUCAACUGACACUAAUUCCCCGGAUGUGCGUUGGCUAUACACGUUAGAGUAA